AUGACUACGGGAGAGUGUGCUGUACCGCGAGACCUCGUCGCCGUGUUCCAUGCUUCGUUUCACCGCACGCAAGGCAGCAUCAUAGACUGGUCAGUUAAAGCCAGCGAAGACAUCGACCUAUCAAAUGUCGAGUUCAGCUGCCUGCCCAGUGGUCUACAUCUAGUCGACCGCGAUGUCGUCUACUUCACCAAAGACGAUUACCAGGGUGUAUGCGUCUUCCGGCGGCGGCGCACACCGGAGGAUGGCCACCGCGGAUUUCGCCUUUCCUCCUUGGGCAUCCUCCUUUCCAAGUCUACUCGCGCUCGACCAUGGGCCCACGUCGCGGCGCUGAAAACUUUGGUCAGCUCACUUUACGACUCACUAGAGGAUCGCGAUACGUUGGAGCCGAUGGACAGCGACUGGGAACCCGUGCGCGCGUUCUUCGAUGAGCGCAGAGUAGCCGAACCGCGGGGAGGAUGCUCGAGCAGCUGGGAGGGAUGGGCAUCGGAACUGGAUGAAACACGGUCAGAUUCAGCUCCUACCGUUCAUCUCCCCCACCUCCUGCGCAUCCUCGGCCCCUCCUCCCUGACGUUGUACAAGCAUAUCCUCGGUCGACGGCGCGUUCUCAUCGUCACCAUCCCUCCGGUUGAGGCCGCCUGCAUCCUCUGCCACGUCGCGGCCGACACCUGUUUUCAAGAGCAGGUUUCCGAAGCCGUCUCCACAUACGACGAUGACAGCCGUGAAGAUGACGACGACAUUGCACCGUUGAAGGGGAAGAACGCGGCGGGCGUGAAAGUGCUUGGCAUGGUCACCCUGAACGACUUGGACAAGCUUGACUUCGAGAGCAAAUCGGGACGCGGGUGGAUAGCUUGCACCACCGACGCUAUUUUCUUGGACAAACCCGCAUACUAUGACCUUCUCAUCGACCUACGCUCUGCGACACCCAACACACGACCCACUUUCUAUGUGCCCAAAGCUGCCGACCAGCCUAGCGGCCGCGGCCCCACUUAUCGUCUAUCCACGAUACGCUUUACGUGGAGUGACGUUCGCCUGUGGACCGAGCUCGACCGUGUCCUUCAGUCCGAAUCCGAAGACCACCCCGACAUGUGCUGCGACCCGUCGCACUUGCACUCCCAGCCACGCAACAGCACAAGCUCCUCCUGGACCGACGUCUGGCGCGUCUACGAAGACGUCUGCGUCAUGUGCGCCGGGCUCUGGAUGGGUGCGUGGCGUGCCUCCUCUGGACCCACAAACGCAUCCUUCGGCCCCCCCUACGCGUCCUUCCCCCGUCGCGCAGAAAGCUGGAACAGCAACCUGCGCCUCGACGGUGGCCCCGACGACGACGCGAUCUCGACGCGCACCCGCUCCGAGUCCCACGUCCGCGCGCUCGGCCAGGGCAUCGAGGGCCGGCCCCCGCCCCCCGCGAACGGGCGCACGUCGCGUGCGCUGCGCCGCGUCAGCACCAACACGCUCUCCGCGCUCACGCGCGCGACCAAGGGCAACGGCACCGACCCCCCGCGGACGAGCACGAGCACGCUUACGAUGGGGAAGGGCACCCCGUCGGUCUCGACGUCCGUCGUGCCCGUCGCAGACAUCGCGCCGACGCCCUCCAGCCAGAUGUUCAUCCCAGGCGAGCGAGGCCGGCAAUUUCCCGACGCGCCGCCGCCUCCCGAGCGCCGCGCGCGGCAGGUGGCGACGACGCUCGCGCUCCUCGACGCGUUCCAUGCGCACACGAGCGCGGUCUUGACCCGCUUCAGCGUCAUCCUGGAGACGCGACGGUGGGAGGCCACCUCGGGCGGGUUGGUGUGCCUCACGCCGAAGGACGUAAUGUCGUUCGAGCUUGGGCCGUUCAGUGGGCUCGACGCGCGCUUCGUCGAAUGGCUUGGGGAAGAGUACGGAGGGGGGGUGCGGGUGUGUGUAAAGCGGGGAUGGAAGGACCUCGUGGGGCUCGUCCUGGGCUUUGGGUAG